AUGUCCAUCAAGCUCAAUUCGGGUCACGAAAUGCCCCAAGUGGGGUUCGGUUGCUGGAAGCUCGACAAGCAAAACGCUGCCGACCAAGUGUACAACGCCAUCAAGGUGGGAUACCGUUUGUUUGACGGCGCCGAAGACUACGGCAACGAGAAAGAAGUUGGCGAAGGUAUCCGCCGCGCCAUCGACGAAGGUCUUGCCUCGAGAGACGAGAUCUUCGUCACUUCUAAGCUCUGGAACAAUUACCACGCCCCGGAAAACGUUGAGAAGGCGUUGGACAGAACCUUGUCGGACUUGGGCUUGGACUACGUUGACUUGUUCUUGAUCCACUUCCCCAUUGCCUUCAAAUUCGUGCCCUUGGAAGAAAAGUACCCUCCUGGCUUUUACUGUGGCGAUGGUAACAAGUUCGCUUACGAAAACGUGCCUCUUGCCGAAACCUGGAAGGCUUUGGAAGCCUUGGUCGCUAAGGGUAAGAUCAAGUCGAUUGGUGUUUCCAACUUCUCUGCGGCUUACAUCUUGGACUUGUUGAGAGGGGCCAAGAUCCCUCCUGCCGUGCUUCAAAUUGAACACCACCCUUAUUUGCAACAACCCCGUCUCAUUGAGUACGUGCAAUCGCAAAACAUUGCCGUCACUGCCUACUCGUCGUUUGGUCCUCAAUCCUUCUUGGAGCUUAAGCACAAGCGGGCUUUGGAAACUCCCACCUUGUUCGACCACGAAAAGAUUAAGAGCAUCGCCGACGCUCACAAGAAGACUCCUGCUCAAGUGUUGUUGAGAUGGGCCACUCAAAGAGGGCUCGCCGUCAUCCCCAAGUCGAACAACCCCGACAGAUUGGCGCAAAAUUUGUCGGUGAACGACUUCGACCUCAGCGAUGCCGAACUCAAGGAAAUCGCCAAGUUGGACAUCGGCCUCAGAUUCAACGACCCCUGGGACUGGGACAAGAUCCCCAUCUUCUACUAG